AUGGACGAUUACCAUAUCAUAGAGAAGUGUGGUGAAGGCACCUAUGGAAGUGUCUACAAAGCGAUCGAUAAAAGAACCAAUCAAAUUGUUGCUCUUAAAAAGGUUUCCAAUGUUGCCAAAGAAGAUGGAAAACCAGUUGAAAUUAAAUAUUUAGAGAUCCUGAAAGAUUCAAACAGUGUUGUCAAUUUACUCAAUUAUUUUUAUCUUUCUCAAAAUGAAUUGUUCAUUGUGAUGGAGUUUUUAGAGGGUGAUCUUUGGAAGAUCAUGUCCAAUCCAUCAUGUGCACUUUCACAAAUAUUGAAAGCUGUUUAUCAAUGUCAUUCAAAGGGUAUAAUGCAUAGAGAUAUUAAGCCUGCAAAUCUAUUGAUAAACAAAGAUGGUGAAUUAAAAUUAACAGAUUUUGGAUUAUCGACAUCAUUCCAAAUGUUUAGCGACGAAAAGUUUUCAAAUAAUGUAGUUUCAUUGUAUUAUAGACCACCAGAGCUAUUGUUGGGUUCUGAUAAAUAUGGUCCUGAGAUUGAUAUUUGGAGUGUUGGUUGUGUAUUGAUGGAGAUGUUGACAAACAAGUACCUAUUUGCCGGAAAGAAUGAAAGCGAACAACUCGACUUGAUUUUCAAAAAGUUUGGUACACCCAACGAACGCAACUGGCCAGGUGUCAGCGCCUACCCAAUGUGGAACUAUAGCUGUGAGAGCUACCCAAUCAAAUCAUUGGCUGAAUGCUUCCCACAUCUCAGCUCUUCACUACCAACUCUUUUCGAUUUAGCCACCAAGAUGUUAGCUUUAGAUCCAAAGAAGAGAAUCACCAGCUAUCAAGCACUGAACCAUCCGUUCUUCACAUCAUCCGAUGUCAACGACCAACUGAUUCCAAGUUCCGCCUCAUUCAUACAGGAUCUAUAUUACCAUCACUAUCAACAACAGCAACAACAACAACAACAUUACCAUCAACAUUGUAUUCCAUCCAACAACAACAAUUAUAUUCAAUCUCAAUCAUUACCAAUUGAGAUUCCACAACUACCAUCCAUCAAAAACAACUUGGCAUCCUACAAAUUUAAUAGCAACAACAAUAAUAAUAAUAAUAACAACACAAUCAAUAGUUUUGCAUAUCCAUCAACCUCUGAACCAAACAACAAGGUUUCAGAUUAUCUUUUAUCUCAUCAUCUCUCACACCAUUCUUUUAACGAUCAACCUUCAUCAUAUUAUCGACUUCAAAAUACCCCUCCUCAGGAAGGUUAUUAUUAUUAUCAACCUGCAGCUGCCGCUGAAGUGACCUCGGCCGCACCUAAUCACUACCAGCAACAGCAACAACAAGAAUAUAUUCAACAACAACAACAGCAACAAAAAUACCAACAAUUCGACUCUUUUAAUGUCUAUUCAAACUAUAACAACAAUAAUAGUAAAUCCAAUUAUAUAACCGCCCAAGAUAAACUUUAUAAACAAACACAACAACAACAACAACAGCCUCAACAAAUCACCCAACACCAAUUAUAUACAGAUUAUAGUUUUUCAGCUUACAAUAAUCACAACCACUAUCAACAACAAACCCAACAGUCUCAACAACAGCAGCAAUAUGUUGACUAUUCCAAUCAGGGAUACCAAAGACAAUUGCAACAACAACAACAACAACAGCAACAACAACACACCUAUCAUCAACAACAAACUUUACAGCAAAUUCAACAACAAAAUUUGACAACACAAUAUUUUCAUUUACCGAUACCAAUGAACCAACAACAUCAAAAUUUUCAAAAUCAUAUCUUCGAACACUACACUGUAGAAGAUGACUGCCAAGAGAACUCUGAUGACUACUGUCUAGAUGACAACGGUUGGGGAGAAGCCGAUCCAAACAACUAUAAUGGCUACUCCAGUCAACAAGCAUCCAACAUUCCCUACACUUACUACCCCUCUGGAAGCAAUCAUGCUCAAGUUCAAUAUAUGACCAUCGAGAAUUUUUUUGGCCGUCCAGUAAAGUGCCACCCUUCCUAUAGUAUCGGUUCUCCAGGCAACUCAUCUAAUCCCAUAAUCAACCCAAAACCAAAUGUUAAUUAA